UUUGGUAAGCCAUGUUUUUCAACUAAAGGAGACGACGUUUUGUUUAUUUACAGUACGAAUUGUUUUAAGAGGCGGUCGUAGGAGACGCUGACAAACAGUUUAGGAAGCCUUGUCUGAAAAGUGGGCGGGGCUGCAUUGGGGGAAAUACCGAGUUUUACUUGGAAACGAAAGUAAAAGAAGGCCGAAGAAAAGUCAUGAGUGUAAAAGAUCCCGGAAGUGGGAGAUACAAAAGAGGAGUAGUAAAAAACACAUCUUACUUGUUCGAAAAACAGUGCUGUGCUCAGCAGGUGUGAAAGUGGGUGAAUUAUUGCGUAUUAAGUAUUGAAUGAGUGUGGAGCAGAAAAGCCAGGCUACUGAAAUGGUGCAGCCCGCUGGUAGUCUAGGAAAUGAUUAUGACAUGAUAAAUGGAGGAUCGUCACUCAGUGGUCGACAGUCAGCAGCAUUUCAGCUUCCUUUUGAGAUAGCUAGCCAUGAGGCUGUUCAGCAUAUCCUGAGAGAGAACCAGGACCUUAAAGAGGCAAUUCAGCAGAGCAAUCAAGCUCUUCGAGGCUGUUAUGAGGAACUUCUUGGCUUUCGAACAAGAAACAAGGAAGAGAAGGAUUUCCUUAUGCAGAAAUUUGAAGAAGCACGGAAUGUGGUGAAGAAAUUGAACCAAGAGAAAGUUAACUUAAAGAGUCUUUUGGAAGAGUCUUUGAGCAAAAUAGAAGUGUACAGAAAAAGUCUUCAGGAUAGUAGUAGCCCUGGAGACUCAUUAACUUCUUGCACAAUCACAUCAAGUAAUGUUGACGGCAGGCUUGGAGCACCACUCACAGAUGUCACCUCAGAUGAGAAAAAGGUUCCAGAUGGAGGUAAUGAACUAAUUUUGCUUAAGAAUCAGAAGGAAAGACUGGAGGACUCUUUGAAAGAACUAACUCUUAUGAAUCAGAAAUUACUGCAAGAGAGAAAUAAUCUUGAAGCUUUAAACAAAGAGCUACAGUCUAAAACUGAAACAACUGUGGCUAAACCUUGCACUCAGAUUAAGGAAAAUGGUGUUCAGACAGAGGUACUUUUAACAAGGGAUAUGUUGCAAGGAGCAGGUAACAGUACAAGUGGUGCAAAAUAUGAGGCUGAAAUGCAGAAGAAACUAUCAGAGCAAGAAUUAAAGCUGCAAGAAAUGCAAGAAAGAAAGAAAGAUCUAGAACUGCUGUUAGAAAAUGCCCAAAGAGAUUUUGCAAAACUGAAACUACGGGAAAAGGAAAAUGAGAAGAGGAAUGAUCAAAACUUUCAGAAUAUGAAAGCAACUGUCGAGCAACUAGAAAAAGACAAAGCCACUCUGAAAGCACAGAUAACGUCAUUGCUGGCUGAGGUACACGAGAGCCAAAACGGGCUGGAAAUAUGUCUGAAAGAGAGAUCAGCUGUGGAGGAAAGAUACCAUGUUGUGAAUGAGAAACUGCGUCUUCUUGAACAAGACAAUGAAGGAUUAAGAAAACAACAGAACAUAGCUAUGGACCAGUUACGUUUGCAGGUGCAAAAUUUGAACUCUGCUCUUAAAAUGGAGAGACAAAAUGCUACUGAAGAAAAGAGAAAAUUUGCUCAGCUGCAAGCUGCCUACCAACAGCUGUUUCAAGAUUAUGACAGACAUAUGAAAAUGGAGGACCAAAAGCCUAAAGCAGAAAUUUUUAAAGCAGAUUUCUUGGCAGAGCGAGAGGCCAGGGAGAAACUGCAUGAACAAAAGGAGUCCCUACAAGAACAGCUGCAAAAACUGAAAUUCGACUUUGAAAGAGUUAGAACUGAAUUAGAUGGAGCAAAAAGGGGUCGUAUUGAAGAAAUGCAGCAACGGCAUAAGGAGAAUUUUCAUGUUGGUCCAGUUCAUUACCCUAUUGGCACAACAAUCCCCUUUCAUGCUCCUAUUGAUGUUGUGCAGAGACGACCUCUUACUGAAGACCAACCAGACUUUCGCUGUCCAAAGUGCCAGUACAAAGCUCCAGAUAUGGACACACUGCAAAUCCAUGUCAUGGACUGUAUCCAGUGAUCUACCUGAAGCCACAUCUCAGAAAGUAAGACCAAGAUGUAUCACAUCGCUGUUCCCCUACAGUCACAGAACGUUAAACCUUUAGACUUUUUUUGCCUGUGUUACUGCCAGAGUAGUAGCAUGUAGGCAGUUUAAUUUUAUAGGACACUUAACCUGCAACACAUUGUUUAUAACUGCUUAGUGCUGUGACAGGAAUUAAUUUUGUAUGAGUGCUGCCCAGAAAACUGGCACCAUUUUCAAACUGAUAUGAACUAACCUAACAAAGGCCACUAAGAUAAUCUAAAUGUACACAAACAAUGCCUUAUGUUAAUUUACAUCUCAGUGCUACUGUGAAGGAAUGUUUGUUUAAUGCAUUGCUGCUCCUAAAGAUGAUACUAUACCUCUAAAGAAAACCUGACAUUUGGAAAAUGGUAAGGACAUUUAGCAAACUGAAAUCCAUUUGAAUGUAUGUACAUGAUUUUAACUUUGCAAAAUAUCUACAGCUAUUAUCCAGGAAAGAUAAAUCCACAUUGUAAUUAUGUAUAAUGUAUAAAUAAAAAGCUGAUUCAUUGAGAA